AUGGCUCGUUUGUGGUGGACAUUAGACCCUUCUAAAUACUACUUAAAGCAAAUUUCUUCUGGUGGCAGAAAUGAAAUUUUAUUCACUGUCCUUGGUGUUACCGCUGCUUACUGGUAUUUUGGAAAUAAAAGAUGUGAACAUUAUUGGAGAAGAUAAAUCGAUAACUGCCAAUCAUGGAGCAGAGCAUAAAAUAUUAACGGCAACAAUUUAACUGUUAAGCAAUACUUCUGA